GUAACCGGCCCGGAUCUAGCAAGGUAGUGUUGAACGGGGUACACUGAGGGAGGUGCAGCCCUUUAGGUACCCGAGCAUUUCCAAUGGAAAGGUAUGGUAACGGUGUUGUAUGGACCUUUUCGUAAUAAGGUGCGCGAAAAGAUAUGCGCAGAGCUAUGUUCCGUCACUUCCUGUCCAAGUAUUUCGAAGAUGGUAGAAGCGCGAACGCCAAACAGCUAUGUAGACUACUGCAGAAAUUUGCAGUGUGUUCCUAAUAUUUCGUUCGGAGAUAUCGAGGCCUUUAGUUCCAGAGGCCCGGCAAAACGCGACCAUGACCGUGGAUAUAACUAUUUUGCCGAAAAAUAUUUAUUCAACGUGCAGGAUUUCCAAGCCUUGUCUAAAAGACUUAAAUCUUCCAAGACAAGAAUGACACAGGCCAUGAAAGAUGGAAUUGCAAAUGAGCCUUUAGCAGCUGAAGCAUACAGUAAUCGGAAAGGAAAUACUGUCAACCUAUAUCCAUUGUUAUACAUCCAGAUACACUUUGGUUGGCUGCAAGUCCAGAUAGAAAAGUGUACGACCAGUCAAGACCACAAGAUCCCUUUGGAUUAUUAGAAAUAAAGAGUCCAAGCAUGUCAACAAGAGGCUCACUGGAGGAACUACCUUAUUUGGAAAACAUUAACGGAAAGCUUCAGCUUAAAAGAAAUGACCAUUAUUAUUAUCAAAUACAAAUGCAGCUGGCUGUAA